AUGUUACGCUGGCAUGAGCGCUUCUGUCGACAUCCUGAUGUUGUUCAGGCCUAUGACGCCGCCUACUGCAAAUGCUGCAAGGCAAUGCCGAUGGCAGAGGUCGUCCCGAAGGCUUCGUCUCCCAUUUUACUACCGCCACUGGGCAGCUCGUCUCGGAUGAACCUCACCUGGCCUUCUGUCACCGAGUAUAGCGGUGUCAGGCUUCCGCCUAAACGGAACAGGGAGACAGGUCAGCACAGCCUAGGACAGCAACACCAGAAACUCCCCCAAACUCCCUCUCCAAACGGAUUUCGACUCUUGCGGCUGAGCCCUAGGCAGCAUGAUGCACCGAUCCAUGCCGAGUUUGAAAUUAGGGAGAUGGGAUCUGGCCAGGGCGUCGCUCAGCGGGUUUGGGUGGACGCUCUGUGCAUUGAUCUGGCCGACGCUGAAGACAAAAACCAACAGACUGCCUUGAUGCGGAAUAUCUACUCCAGUGCAUUAAAUGUCAUUACAUAUAUCGACACUCCCUCCGAAUCAGCCGGUCAGGCUCUCACUUGCAUGGAAAAGUUAAUACGGCCAAGGCUAUCCACGCCUAACGAAAUUAUUAUGGCUGAUAUCGAAUCCAAAAAGGAAUUACAUGCUCUUUUCCGCCGACCAUUCUUCUAUAGGUUAUGGAUCAUGUCGGAGAUGCUGUUGGCCCAGACGCUAUGGAUAAUAUAUGGGAAACGUUCCAUCCUAUGGCCAAGAUGCGCACAAACUCUUCAUGUCCUCAUGGCGUUUGACCCUGCCUGGCUCAACAAGGCUAAUUUGUGGUCUGAAGCAAAUAACAAUAAUGUACUUCGGAUGCUACUCCACAGUUCAAUUUAUAAAUGCUCAGAUCCCCGUGACAAGGUCUUCGGGCUACUCAGUUUACUGGACAAGAAGCAUAUCACCCCGGACUACAGACUCUCGGUCGAGGCCGUUUAUACCGGAAUUUCAGCAUACCUUGUCAAGAACUGCUCUGCCUUUGAUACCCUUAGUCUUGCUGGAAUAUACAAAAAGCGCCUCGAUAUGCCAUCAUGGGUGCCAGACUGGUCCCAGAAACUGACACUACGAGUUCCCGAUGAAAAUUACUUUACCUCUAUGGGAGGCCUGGUUGGCAACACGGCCGCACGCGUUGUAUUCGAAAAUAUAUUCGAUACGGACACUGAAGCAGAGAUAGAUGUCAAUACGGGCGCUAUGACAAUUCCGGCUAUCAAACUUUGCGGUAUACCAGAAACGAUCAUGUCCUUACCCUCUUACCAUAAAGUCCUGGUUAAGGAUAUGGGAGCCCGUGGGCUUUUUCGCAUAGUUGUCCUAGAGCCGGCAUAUGAAAUUGGAAAUGAUUCGUUAUUCUUGUUGAAUGGUUGGGAAUACCCCGUCAUCCUAAGACAUCACCCGGGGCAGUUAAACUCGUAUGAACUUGUGGCUACGUGUGCCAUUUUCUUGGGACCCCCGUCGUCAGGUGAAGAAUGGUUGGUGCCUUGGACUAACGCAAGAAUGUUCCCUCAUUCGGACACCACCAAUAUUAUUACAGCAUCGGGAAUGUCUCAGAAAGAGAAGUGCGCGAUACGAGAAUUAUAUCAUUCAUUAUCCACCAUAUCAUCUACGUCACGUCCAGAAUCGACCGACUCAAUUCCAUUCCAGGAUAUGAAACGACAGGUUCUGGAAUAUCUUCUCCUUUCCUCGACUCGUCUACGAGGAACUGAAUCAAAACUCAAAAUUGCCUGGGAUAGAUUAAAGCAGACCCAUGGAUAUUUAUUUCAAGACCAGAGGGCUGUCUACUCUCUACUUCUAAAGGCUCUUGGGAUAGAAGGGGAUAAUGGUAAUGUUAUAGGGAGUGGUAUCAUGAGGAUAGAUAACCAUGACGUUCAGACCCUCAAAAGGUACGGCCAGAGCGAAUUUCCAUCUGCCUAUAGCUGGUCCUUGGGUCAAUUCUGCUGGUCUUUUCUCGAUGCGCAUUUUCAUAACCCUCUACCGUUGGAGAAUCCUCCAUUGCUGAACCCAACAUACAUUCGGAUGUGUUGCCAGAUACCGGACAUCAUGAUAUGGGCCAAAAUCACAGAACAACUGUUCAAAGUUUUGGAGUAUUCGCAAAAUACCCCUAGAGAGGGCGGGAUUUAUCCACCAGGUGCAGACCUCUUCGCCAAAUGGCGAUCCAAAUGGGAUAACUUCCAAGCCGUGGAAAUCCGAUCCGACCAGCCAUCUGGAGACCCUGAUAAAGACCGUUUUUGGUCCUGGGCUGAUUUUGAUGAAACCUGGAUACAGAGACAGAAGUUCUGGAAUCAAGAAGUACCCAAACUGCUAGAUCCGUCUACAAACAGUAACAUGGCAACACGCUUAGGUCUAACAACCAUGGGGUUACAGUUUGACGAUCAGCAGUAUUUAUAUGACGCCGGAGUCCCCUUCUUUACGAAAGCUGUUUUGCGAGAGAUUCACGAGCAACUCAGGUGGGGCCUACGAGGAGGCCAGACAAUAUUAGUUAGGGGGCUUAACGGGGAGCUGGUUGAGUUCGAGGUUGAGGAGGGUAUAACCCGAGAAGUAGGGAAUACACAGAGUGCAGUCGAAUACGUUACUCGAAAGCCUCGCAUUUACUACCAAUCAGUGCAGCACUUUCAACGGUACCUAGGAACCGGUCGUUUAGCAUACUGCAACCUCAAGAUAUACCAUGACCUCGCUUUACGUGAUAAGGAAACAAAAGAGUUUAUACCAAUGGGUCCAAACCCCGCAUAUUCCUCUGUUGAUUCCAUGGUACUCUCGGAUUUCGAAAUCAGUACAGUUGAGGAUCCUGUAGGCUUCCUCAUGGUCGACAGCAGGACCGUGGUGAUUUCGUGCUGCCCAGACAUUCCUGUUAGACAGAUAAUAACUGACAUUGCUCGACCGGCUAUGAUUUUCUGGGAUGCUAAUGCAAGUGAGGAUGCCCACUUGCCUGAUCCCGCGUCUUCCCGCGUUCGAAAUCUCCUUGGUAAUUUUUAUGAUCGACACACGUUCCCUGCUGAUAGAACGCACUUCCAUGAUUUGACCAUGUAUACGAGGAAGGGGGGCGGUAUAUCAUCAGGCGAACUUGUCGAGGGAUCAAGAAAAUUGAAGCCGGAGCGGCGGAGCGACAUCGCGCCAUAG